AUGUACCAGCUCCAGUCCUGGCUGCAGUCCGCCAAGGGCAUGGCCGCGCCGCUCGUGGAGCCCAAGCGCUUCAAGGCCGGCCCCUCGAGCAGCGAGCGCGUCGGGUUCAUCGCCUCGCGCGACGUCGAUGCGGGCGCGCCGCUGCUCGUCAUCCCCGAAUCCGUCGCCAUCACCUCCAUCGACGCGGAGAACCACCCGGUGGUCGGCGAAGCCGCGAAGGGCGGCGGCGAGCUGGUCGGGCUGGCGCUGUGGCUCAUGGCGGAGCGCGCGGCGGGCGGCGCGUCGCCGUAUGCGCCGCUGCUGGCGGCGCUGCCUGAGUCGACGGAUUCGCCGAUCCUGUGGGACGAUAAGGAGCGCGCGGAGCAGCUGCAGGGCUCCCCGGUCCUGGAGGAGGCGCGCUCCCGCCAGGCCGCGCUCCAGCAGCAGUGGGCGCAGCUGGCGGAGGCCUUCUUCAGCAAGGACCCCGCACGCUUCGACCCAGCCACAUUCAACGAGGCCGCGUUCCUGCGCGCCUUCUGCGUCGUGCUCGCCCACGCCAGCUACCUGCCGUCCGCCGAGCUCUUCGCGCUGCUGCCGCUGGCGGGGCAGCUGGGGCGCACAGGGAACGAGAACGGGUGCGACCUGGACUACGACGCUGGCAGCGGCGCGGUGGUGCUCAAGUCGGCGCGGCCCUACAGGGAGGGCCAGGAGGUGCUGCUGAACGACGGGCGGCCCAACGGCGAGCUGCUGCUGUGCUUUGGCACAGUGCAGGACAACAACCUGUCAGACUUCCUGCUGUUCAACGCCUCCCUUGUUCGGGCCGACAAGUACUACCAGUCAAAGCAGCAGCUGUUGCAGGCAAUGGGCAUGAGCUCAGAGGAGCGCUUCCCCGUCUAUGCAGACAAAUUCCCCAUCCAGCUGCUUGCAUACCUGCGCCUUUCACGGAUCCAGGACCCCGCCCUGUUUGCCAAGGCGUCCUUUGACAGCGACGUGGUGGUCACCCAGAUGAACGAGUACGAGGUGCUGCAGCUGCUGAUGGGCGACUGCAGGGAGAGGCUGGCGGCCUACAAGACCAGCAUGGAGGAGGAGAUCAAGGCGCUGCAGAGCCCCGACCUCAGCGGCACCGCGCGCCUGGCCGCGCGCCUGCGCAUGGGCGAGAAGCGCAUCCUGUCGCAGUUCAUGGACGCCGUCCGCCGCAAGCUCGCGCCCGUGCGCGGCAUCCCCACCAAGGGCGGCGGCAUGCAGGACCCCAACGCGGACCUUAAAGAGAUCUUCGACACGAUAGAGGCCAUCCCCCAGGCGCCCGCCAAGCUGUUCGACGGCAUCCGCCGCUGGGCGCGCGGGGAGUUUGACCCGGACUGGAACAAGUAG